AGUCUGAUUCUUGCUGAGGUAGGUUGUGGCGCGUGUUUCGCAAAGGGGAACGCGACCUGCUGACGAUCUCUACGUCAGCCAACAAUACAUAAAGAAAGCAGAAGGUGCGGGUGUGCGACGGUGAGCCCGUCUCGUGCCUGAAUCGGACAUUGACUCCUCUGUGCUACACACACACGUCUCAUCUUCACAGAAUCAGCAAAAGAAUAUAUAUAUAUAGGCUACACGAAGUUGUUUAAUUAAUACAACACAACGCUGUCCUUCAGAAGACACGAGCUAUCUGAGCGGGUUAACGACACCGCCAUUUUGCGUUGGGUCACGAAAAUUCCUCUAAACGGGGAAAAAAGAGAAACAGGCGGAGGAAAUAGGGUCAAGUAUGGCGGUGGUGGAGGUGGGUACGUACAGCAUCCGUGCCGGCUACAUCGGCGACCUCACCUGCACACACUGUGUCCGCUCCCUUCGCUCAGCCGCAGCGCCGGAGGAGGUGGACCUAUUCUCCAUUUUGUAUUCCGCCAGCAGAAGUCUCGACGAUGUAGCGGCGGUGUCCGCACUGCCGGAGGGUGAAGAAGGAGGCAUCCGAGGCUCCUUUGACAACGCAGCGUCGUCGGAGGCGUUGCUUCCGCUGUGGAGUCUCCGCAACGUAGAAAGCCACCCCGACGCUCACAUGGACUCCCUGCGUCGCAUGAAGAAGGAUAGUUUAGAGUGCACCGAGCAGGACCCGCUGUGCCUUGUCCUGCCCGAGGUGUGGCACGAACGGGUAGACGUGAUGGAGGCGCUCUUCCAGUUGAUCCUGGAGACACCAGGCCUGACAACGGCGUUGUACUGCAUGCGGCCCAGCGUGGGGUGGACGCUUUCGUCCGGGGCCGCCUCCAGCAUCGUGCUCGAUGUCGGGCACAGCCACUCCACCGUGACGGCGGUGCUGGACGGCUACGCGCUGCGGCACUCGGUCGACACCGUGCCCGUCGGCGGCGACGCCGUCACGGCGCAGUACCGCGAGCUGCUCGCCAAUUUUCGCCCCGCCGUGGAGGCAGCAGCGCCGGCGCUCUCGCAGGACUUCGCACGCGAGGUUUACUGGGCCGACUGGGUGUCGGAUGUGAAGCACUGCCUGGCGCGGGUGCUGCCGUUUGCCGCAUCGGCCGGAACUGCAGCAGCAGCAGCGCCAACAGGUGUGAAUCGCGCCAACGGUGCGAAGUCGAUCACCGCGACGACGGCAGCGACGCCGAGUGUACCGCUGGACCUGCAGGCGCCAGACGGCACGCGGGUACACCUCGACGAGCGCAAGGCGGCCGCCCCGUUCGAGAUCUUCUUUCGCGCCACCGGCGACCACAAAGGCAGCGUGGCGGCCAUGAUGGCGACGUGCAAGCGACGCAUGGAUCCGGAGUGGCAGCUGCACACCGUGCCGCACCUACUGGCGGGUGCGGGGAGUCUCGUGCCUGGUUUCCGUGACCGCGUGUUGGAGGAGUUGAAGGCGCAGGACGCGUCGUACUUCCGGUACGAGCGCGAUGGGGCGAUGAACGUUGCGCAGACCACCGAUGGCGCGUGGGCGGGCGCCUCCAUGGCCGCCUCGAGCUCCUCCUUCGAUCCGCUGUGGGUGACGCGGGGGGAGUGGGCUGAGGAGGGAGCGUCGGUGCUGCACCGCAAGCUUUUCUACUGA